GUCCCGCGCGGCUUCUCCCUGAGCUAGAGGCGCCUCCGGCCAUUACCGGAGGCGCGGGGAUGCUGCGGGAGGUGGGGGAGCUGUCACAGGCAGAGGCUCGUGGGAAGAGGUGGCCGGACCUUUGGCGGGAGGCGUCCUAGAGCCGGCUCGGGCGUCUUCCUCCCUCAGUAAGAGUCCGCCGGGGUCCAGGGAGAGUUAGGCCGGCAACGGCUGCCCGGCCUGAGGCUCCCGACCCUGUCUUGGAGGGGAGUCGGGGCCCGGUGCCUGGCGGUCCGGGGCAGGCUGGGGCAGACCCAGGGCAUUCCUGGAGCCGGAGCCCGGCCGGGGCUUGGGGCUGGGGUGCGGCCGGUUUUGUUGUAACCUGGUUGCCUGACAACGUCGCCCGGGCUUCUUCCGGAGGCGGUGGAGGCUCAGCCGUGGAGGAUGCUGCCGCUCGGGGCUGCGCCCUGCGGCCACGACUGACCGAGUGACCCGCGGACCGAGCCUCGUCCGUCCUUCCUGCCGACUCGGGUGGGCGACCCCGGGCCGAGCGCCGGGCGGGGAGCGCAGCGGACGGCGCCUUGGAGAGGCUCCUCGGGGAUUCCUCCCUUGGGUCUAGAUUGGGCUCUGCCACUGUCUGAUGGAAAGGCGAGCGGCGACUUCGUGACGAGGCAUGGCCUGGGAGAGGUACCCGGCUGAAUCUGAAGAAUGGCUGAUAAUUUAGAUCAGUUUAUUGAAGAUCAAAAGGCUAAACUGACAAAAGACAGAGCUGAGUUGGAAAAAGACCCUCCUUAUAUUGAUAUAAAGAGCAAUGCUGUAGAAAAAAUUUCAGAAAACAGCAAAAUACUAAUCUCCAUGGCCAAAGAAAACAUACCACCAAACCAUCAAGAAAACAGAGGUUCUUUAGGGAUUGACUAUGGAUUGAGUUUACCACUUGGUGAAGACUAUGAAAGGAAGAAACAUAAGCUAAAGGAAGAACUUCGGCAAGAUUACAGACGAUAUCUUACUCAGAAAAAUUUUGUGGCUGCAACUGAAAUAGAUCCAUCUAAUCUGGGAGUAUCUCUUCCUAUUGCCGAGAGGUUAUCUGCCAAGGAGAGAUUGAAACUUGAAAGAAACAAAGAGUACAAUCAGUUUCUCAGGGACAAGGAAGAAUGGAAUGAAAAGUUCAGAGAAGUUGAGAAGAGAAAUCCAGAGCAUGAAAGUGAAGGAAAUAAAACCACUGUCAGUAAAGUUAAGUCCGAUUUACAUUCGCAAAUACAGCCAUCAAACAGAAAUCCAGAAGCGCCCCGAAAAGAUGUUUCAGGUCCAGAAACCUAUGAAGAGCUUUUAACUCAGAGACGAUUGGAAGAGGACAGAUAUCGAAGACUGGAUGAUGAAAUCGAGUUAAGGGAUGCAAAACCACAUAAAAAACCUAAUGAAGCCGACAUCGCCAAUAGAAAACACCACGAGAUUGCCAGCAAAGUUGAUGUUCCUGGUAGAAGAUACCACAGGUUUAAAGAAGAUCAAAAUUUUGGCAGACAAUAUUAUAGACCAAACUGUGGUCCUGAAGGAAGUGAAGAAAUGGACCCGAGGUUUAGAUACGAAAGCGAUUUUGAUAGAAGACCUUUGAGGGUGUUUACAACGGACAGGAUGUACAGAAACAGACGAGAGAGAGUUCCCCCUAUGGAAUAUGAGGAAGAUUUUCCAGAACAAUCAAACAUACGCGUUUCAUCGGCUGGAAAUAACAGUGUGCCAAAUAGCCAUCUUGGUGAUGAACGAUCAAAGUCUGCCACUGUUAAAACUGAGAGUCCUUUUGCAGGGAUGAUUUUUGCAAGUCAAGAUCGAGAUACUGUUCGGAGAAGGAAAGAAAAGUACAGACAAGAACUGUUGGAACAAAUAGCUCAGCAGCAGAAGAAUAAGAGACGAGAAAAAGAACAAGAACUCAGUGUUGCAGCUACUGGAGAAAUUGACCCUGAGAAAUCGCGGAAUGGAUUACUAACGUCAUUGCAGCUAAGUAAAAAGGAGCCUGAUAGACUGAAGCAGUUAGGUAUGAGCCCAAGAUAUUUUGAAAAGAAGCUUUCACUUUUUGAAGAGAAGAUUCCACCAGAAAGGCCCAAAGUAGCCUUCCAGACACCUCUUCCCACCUUAUCUGACCUGCCUAGGCCAUCUUUAAGUGAAGACUUUAACCAAGGGAUCAACACCACCCUUGGUGAAAUGAUGUCAUCCAGGAUUACAUCUCUACCUCCACCCCUACCCCCUCCACCUGCACCGUCUUUACUCAACUAUCGAACUCCUUAUGAUGAAGCAUACUAUUUUUAUGGGGCCAGGAAUCCUUUGGAUCCCAGUCUUGUAUAUUAUAACCCAGGAAUGAUGGGAAUACCUCCACCAACCUUUGCUAGUGCCCCUGAUACUUGUGAACCAAUCGGACCCAUUAUGAACAAAUGUAUUUUGAAUGAACUGAGCACUGUGAGUGAUAGAACAAGAACAGGAGGACUCAUUUUUGAAGAUAAACCAAGGCCUACAAAGGAAUCAGUUCAAUCUUAUCAAUAUGAGUUGCAGCAACAGAUACAGGAAAGAGAAGCAAGACGGAGGAAAGAGCGAGAGGAAAAAGAAGAAUAUGAAGCUAAACUUGAAGCUGAAAUGAGAAGUUACAAUCCCUGGGGAAAAGGUGGAGGGGGUGCUCCACUCAGAGACGCCAGAGGAAACCUGAUAACUGAUUUGAAUAGGAUGCACAGACAAAAUGUAGAUGCCUACCAUAACCCAGAUGCGAGAACACAGGAAGAUAAAAGGGCUGUUGUCUCUCUAGACCAAAAUUUAGCCACUACAAAUGCUGAGAACCCAGAAGAUCCUGCAAAUACAAAUUCAGGUCAAAUAGGUACACAGAGCUCUCCUUUUGCCCGGGGAAACAUUUUUGGUGAGCCGCUAACUGAGCUUCAGAUUAAACAGCAAGAAGCUUACAAGAAUUUUCUUCGUUUUCAGAUCGAGGAAAAGAAACAAAGGGAGGAAGCAGAGAGAGAGAAGCAGAGACGUGAAGAAGAGAAAGAAGAAAAACGUCUAGCAGAACAGAGGGCCAGAAUUCAACAAGAAUAUGAAGAAGAACAAGAAAAGAAAAGGGAGAAAGAGGAGGAGCAAAGACUAAAAAAUGAAGAGUUGAUACGGUUAGCUGAAGAAAGACGAAAAGAGGCAGAAAGAAAGAAGAAAGAAGAGGAAAAAAAACAUGAUUUACAACUUCAACACUAUUAUGAACGAAAACAAACAGUUGAAGAACAGAUAGCAAGGAAAUCCAGAUCGCCUUCUCCUGCAGUUCCUGCUGUUCAGAACAGAAUCAAAAGCAGAGUCCACAGACCUCCUUCAGUUGCAUCUACCAUGAUUCAUGAUCGCCCACGGUCCAGAGUGCAGUCUCCUCCUGUACCUGCCAGGAAAAACCAGCUUCGUGCAGAUGAGGAGAAAAGAAAUGUAAUUAGUGAAUUAUCAGAAAUGAGGAAACAGCUUCGUAGUGAAGAGCGGCGUCUUCAAGGAAAAUUGCUGCAGGUGGAUGGCGAUGAUGAAAGAAGCAUCAGGAAAAGGGAGAAGUAUCCCAUGGAUAUAUUUGAUAUGGCCAGGUUUCGAUUGCAAGCGCCAGUCAGAAGACCUUCUUCUAAGGGUCUAGAUCCUACUGCUCAGAAUAUUCGUGACUUUAAUUUUCUUAAAAGCAUGGAUUCAGAAACACGAGUUGAUUUGAGAUAUAUGUACCCUGAGUCUCCAAAAGAUGAUCAAACCUUGGAGAUUCAGCAGCAGGCAUUGCUGAGAGAGCAGCAGAGGAGACUGAAUAGGCUUCGAAUGAGAGAAAAUGCAGAAGUUGACCUUGAUGGAAGUGCUGGCAUUAACUUACGAGAUACUAGAAUGCCUAGGGAUGAAACUAGGGAUUUCCUGAAAAAUUCUCUUUUGGAAUCUGAGAGUGCUUUUAUUGGGACGAAUGGAGAAAGGUAUUCUCCUUUAGAAGAUGAUCAUUUACCUUCACAGAGAUUACAGUCUGCAAGGGAACGGAGAAGGAACCAGAUUAAAGACCUGGAAUCUGUUGUGCGUAUGGAUAAUUUUCAUCCUACUGUGCAACCUGAUGGUUUCUCCUUAAAGUCAGUAUCCAGUAUAAAUAUUGACCAGCUUAGACUCAGAAAUGAAGAACGAAUGCGAAGACUAAAUGAGCUUCAAAAAAAAGCUAUCGAUACAGAUGACGAAGUUUCUCUGGUUGAUCCAGAUGACAUUCUCAAGCACUUUACAUCCAGUGGUGGUGAAAGAAGACCCAGUUCUGUACAAACUGUAGCCACAGAGCCUUGGCUCCGACCUGGAACUUCAGAGACUCUCAAAAGGUUUGUGGUUGAGCAGUUGAACCAAGAGCAGCGUUCCUCUGAAAAUCCAUUACCUUUUAACUGGCAGGGCCUUUCUACAGCACAUGGUUAAAAAUAAAUCGAGACUGGAACCAGUUGUGCCUUUCAAGGUAAAAGUAAUGUUAAUCUGAACUUUUUGUCUUCUAGGCCUUAUUCCCCACCCCCAAAUAUCCCAUCUCACAUGGAUAGACAAUUUUUAACCUGUAAUAUACCAUACUAAAUGUGUACAUAUGUAUUUUUUUCCAUAUUUUGUUGCUUUCAUGUGUUCCAUGAAAUUGUACAGGAUGUAUUUUUUUUUUAAAAAGCCACCAUUACUGUUAAAUUACAUAAUGCAAAAAGUAUGGAAUUUUUUCACACAUUUUGCCAUAAAUUAUAGUAGUAAUGAAAAGUUCUUGUUUGUAACUGACUACCGUAUGUGCAUUAUCUUUAUUCUGCCUGUUACUAGGAUGAAGUGAAUAAAAAUUUAAAGUGUCUUAAUACAUGUAAAACUUGAAGACCCUUUGGUCAUGUGUCUAUAAAUGCACAACUUUGCCAGUGUCAUCAAUAUUCAGAAUCAUCUUUUAGCAAAUACUCCAGCAUGUAUGGUAGCUUUGACCAUUCCCCUUACUAGCUACAGCAAAGAUGCUGUUUAGUUCUACAACAUUUUAUAGCUGCUGACUCAUUUUGUAAGUAAAUGAUGGGGGCCAUAAUUGAUUUUGAUUGUGUUCAAUCAAUCAGUUGUGUACAAAAAUGAGCAUUCCACUUUUCUUUUGCUUCUGUUAUAUUUUUGGUGCCAAUGAAGGCAUUGUCUUAAGUUAAUGUCUAAUUUAUGGUAUGAUUUAACUACUUGUUAAUGGAAAUAAAGUUUUAUUUUAUUAUCA